AUGCCAAAAGCAGAUGCGGCUUCGUCGGCGACGAAACGCCGUUACGCGGCGAAGGUGGAGAAGGGCGAGAACGCCUGGCGUCGCGAGUGGUCGAGCUUCAUGUCUGGCGUCAGCAUGAAGGAGAUACGCAAGGGCGGAGGUGUCGUCCUCCCGAAGUCGGCGGAUCUCGAGGUGACUGAACCGAGCAGCCGCGGCGAUGGGUGCAAUUUUUCUUACUUGUUUGCGUCCCCUGCUGAGAAGAAGGCGGCGCGGCUCGCGAAGCAGCGUGCGGAGGAUGAAAGGCGAAAAAAACUUGCACUACAAAAGGCGAAGCGGUCAGAUGAUCCACUGGCACACUUAAGCAAACAUGAGCGGACCUUGUCAGAGGCGAGGCAGCGUGGCCUGAAAUUGGAAGGAAUGACACGGAAGGAGGUGCGACAGUUUCUGCACUUAACGGUUUCUCGAGAACAGCAGGAAGCGGAGCGGCACCAAGACGAGUUUCGUCCACAUGCACUUAUGGACGAGAAGCUGCAGUGGUACCAGCAGGGGCCCCACCCAAUAGACCUUAUCGCGGAGAAGCUUGUUGUCAGAAAGGCGGCGAAGAAGGCGAAGCAGCUUGGACUUCGUUACAACUACUUGAUGCCACAUGCGUCAUGGUUGGCGAAAAGGGAACAGCGGCGCCGUGAGCGCCUCUUGGUGGGGCUGGGUCGGCGCUACAUGUUUGAUGAGGAAGGCCGCAUGAUGGAUAUGUCUGGCAAUUACGUGGACAAGGCUUCCUCGACGGGGGCGGCGCCCGACAGCAACGCUGGGGAGAGCGCCUGGGCGGGAAACACAGUGGAGUCGCGGCAGCAUCCGAUGCAGGAGCGAGGCGGAAGCGUCUCCGCCGUUACGCCGGCGCCGAGCAUCUGCCUUGACGCUUUGGUGGACCCUCGGAUGGCUUGCAAGUCGUACGUGCGCGCUGUGGUGCGGGACCGCAAGCUCGCGGAUGCCAUCAGGAGUGCAAAUAUCACCACCUCUUACAUUAGCAGCUCACUAGUGAUGGGGCCAAGCAUCGGUUUAGACGACGAGGAGGAGAAUCCCGUUGCCGCACAGAAGCCUGUGAAACCGUCGGCGCCCAAUCGAGUCAAGCUGCGGGAAACGCGGUCCAAAGCGGCCUCCUUUGAGCCAUAG